GCUACUGCAGCAGCGGCAUCCAUGAGGGGUGCCAGGACAUGAGGGUGGGAGGGAGAAUCAGAGCGAGAGAGGGACAUAUCAUUCGGACUUUGUGCCGCACGGCCGAUGUGAGAGCGACAGGUUCGUCCACGGAACCACUCCGCCCGCCCGGCGGACGAAAUUUUAUAGAUGGGGGAGAUCAAGGGGCGCAAGGACGACGCUGCGGCGUCACCAGCAUCGCACGGCAUCAACAUCGCGGACCAGAGGGCGGCACGUCGGACUAGGCCUUGGGAUGAGGAAUUCGGCACCCCUGCCGAGGACGGAGCGAAACCGGAGCACGAAUUGCGCCGUGGUCGCGGCAACACUGCGGCGAGCUCGGCCUCCGCAAGGGGUUCCACUACUUUCGCUGCUCUCGACAUCUACCACGACCUAUCCGAAGGAACGGGCAGAUCGACGGACAGAUCGAAUGCCGACCCUCCCGGCAGGUAUCGGGUGCUCGCGAUACACGCGUCCGCGGUGGUGCUGGGCCUGGCGACGUGGUUCAGCGCGACGGCGGUCAGUACCCAGCUUAAGGAACGCUGGGGCAUCGGAGACACAGCCUCGGGCCUGCUGACAAGCUCCGUCAACAUCGGUUUCGUGGUCGGCGCCGUGCUGCAGGCCGUCCUCAACAUGGCAGACCUGGUUAGACCGCAGGUGUUGUACUUCGCGGGGUGCGUGGGGGCCGCAGGCUGGAACGCUUUGGUGGCGGCUCCUGUCAAUUUCCCUAUGGCGAUCAUUCUUCGGUUCCUGACGGGCGCGUCGCUGUCCUUGGUGUACCCUCCGUCUCUCAAGUUGAUAUCUACGUGGUUCAAGAACGGCAGAGGCGUUGCUCUGGGCACCAUCAUAGGGGGCUUGUCGCUUGGGUCUGCGCUCCCCCAUCUGAUAGUCGGCGCGGGAGGUGUCGGCGAUCGCUGGCGCAUUGUUACGUACUCGACUUCGAUACUGGCGCUGAUAUCGGGAGUCAUGGUUCUCGCUUUCGUACCAACAGGGCCGUUUCCUUUUUCGAAGGCCAAGUUCAGCCUGCAGACCAUUCCGCGGCUAGCUCGAAAUCGCGGGGUCGUGCUCGCCACCUUGGCAUACUGCGCGCACAUGUGGGAGCUGUACGGCCUCUGGACCUGGUUCCUGUCUCUCUACACGGACUACCUGGAGGUGCAAGAAGGGGAAGGCCUGGGCGGGGGUACGGGCGACCUUUCGAGGAAGCGUCUGGCGAGCCUGGUCACGUUCGGGGUCGUCGGCAUCGGCGGCAUCGGUUGCCUCUUCAUCGGCUGGAUAGCGGACGCCAAAAUCGGUCGGUGUAGCGCAUCUAUCACUGCCUUGGCUGUCUCGGGAUCGUGCGCCGCCGCUUACGGACCGUUGUCCGGGGCCGGAGCUCCCCAGAGUUUGCUGAUCCCCCUUGCUUUGCUGUGGGGCUCGGCCGCUGUGGCGGAGUCGGCCCAGUUUAGUGCCAUGGCCACCGAGCUGUCGGACCAGGACACUGUCGGUACGGCUCUCACGCUGCAAAUGGCGCUCGGGUUCACCGUCACUGUUGUCGGCAUCUUUGCCAUCCCCCUGGUGGAGGAGGCGACCUCGUGGGGAUGGACGACGGUGUUUCUCGUACCGGGACCAUUGCUCGGAAUCGGCCUUAUCAUUGCCCUCAAGCUUUCCCCCUGCGCGGCCAAGAUGAGCAACGGCAAGGGCUAGCAAGGGUUUGCAGCAUAGUCAUAGUGUGUUUGCGGCAGAAAUGGAGGGAAAUAUAUUAGAACGAAGUGCAGCGUCUUUCGUGCUGCGAAGUAUAACGCCAAAGUUCCGUUGUCUGCAGAGGGUAGCCAUUUCGCGUGAAUGUUUCGCACGGAACAGCUUUUGUGCUCGUUAGGUUGGGCGACGAUGCUCUUUUACUUAAGUUGCGCCAGGCUUCUUGUUGUACAUAUUUUUGUGAGUUUUUCCCAGGUUGCACCACCGUGUGAGUUCAGCGGCAGGAGCGCGUGUACACGUUGUCGGCUGCCGUUCGACAGGAAAACAUCACUCACUUGGCCCCACCUAUAUCCCGAAACGUCCCCGUCUGACGAGAUCCAUUUUCAAAGUGGUGGUGGAGAAACCUUCGUUUUCCGCAUACCAGAGAAGGUUUUGUCGACCUCAUCGGUACCGUCGUGGGCUGUCCCUGGAUGGAGCGUAGAUGAUCGACCAUCAGGGCUAGAGAAAGGUUUCCAUACAUGAAGUUGUGGCCGCGGGGAAGGGGUUGGGGUUGGCGCAUGGGAUUCCUUACCGUUUUUGGCAGCAAUGCUGGGCUUCAACUGUUUCAUCGCUGCUUCGAGGGUAUUGCCGAAAGGCGACCAAGUUGGAAACAUGACAAGAGACCGGUGGUUGUGCGAAUCAUACGGUUUAGGACCGUUUUUUUUUCGAGCUUCGCACUUGUUACACACAGCAGCUGCUGCUGCUGAUGUGUUUUUUUGAAGUAUAUGGGAGGGGCCAAACUCAUGUAAACGCAUUGCCACAGUCGUGAGCUCAUUCUCCUCGCAUACCUGCGAUGUUGAGACUGAGCGAUUAGUCUGGUUUUCACCGACCCAGGCUAGCUUUAACAAAGAUAAUCCAGAAGCUGGCUGUUUUCUUUGCGUUCGCUACGCC